UUGUGAGCGCUGUUGCCGCGCCGUGUCCUCUCUUCGGCCCCCGUAGCCUCGUUUUGGGCGCAAAAUGGCGCCCGCCUUGGGAGCGCCGUAUGAGCUGGCUUGGGCUGCGUGCGGCUUGGGAGAAGAGGCUACUGCUGUCCCGAACGCGGCGGGCGGGGGAGCGUUGUCAUGGCAGCCAAGAGUAGGUGUCACACCGGGCCACUUCCUGGUUGGAGGCCAAUGUCCCGGGCACUAAGCUGGGAAAAGCGCCGCGGGGAGGAGGCGGAACGAGGCCCCAGAAGGAGCAGGAGGCCGAGGCGGUGAGGACAUGUAUACCUCUGAGAGAUCUUCUUGGACAAGAUACCUUAGUUUAAUACCUGUUUGGGACCAUAUGCAAAGAGGCUACCAGUCAUGAGUUCUGAUGCUGAACAGGAUGCUGCUAUCAAACUUGCCCAAGAACGAGCUGACAUAGUUGCCAAGUAUGACAGAGGACGAGAGGGUGCACAGAUUGAGCCUUGGGAAGAUGCAGACUACCUUCUUUACAAAGUUACAGACAGAUUUGGUUUCUUGCACCAAGAGGAGUUACCUGUCCAUGAUGCUGCAUCAGAGAGGCAAAAGCAGCUUGAAAUUGAAAGAACUACAAAAUGGCUGAAGAUGUUGAAAAGCUGGGAGAAAUACAAGAGCACGGAAAAGUUUCAUAGGAGAAUUUAUAAAGGAAUUCCACUGCAGCUGAGAGGCGAAAUCUGGUCUUUGUUGCUUGAUGUCCCUAAAAUGAAAGAAGAAAUGAAAGACUAUUAUAAUACCUUAAAAAUUCAAGCAAGAGGGACCUCCCCAGAUAUCAGGCAGAUUGACCUUGAUGUGAAUCGGACAUACCGAGAUCAUAUAAUGUUUAGAGACCGAUACGGAGUUAAGCAACAAUCUUUAUUCCAUGUUUUAGCUGCAUAUUCUGUGUACAAUACGGAAGUUGGAUACUGUCAGGGAAUGAGCCACAUCACAGCGUUACUCCUUAUGUAUAUGAAUGAAGAAGAUGCCUUCUGGGCCCUGGUGAAACUGCUCUCAGGACCCAAGCAUGCUAUGCAUGGUUUUUUUAUUCCUGGUUUUCCCAAGCUGUUGAGAUUUCAAGAGCAUCAUGACAAAUUAAUGAAGAAAUUUUUGUCUAAGCUUAAGCAGCAUUUUGACUCCCAGGAAGUCAGCACUAGCUUUUACACAAUGAAGUGGUUUUUCCAGUGUUUCCUUGACCGUACUCCCUUUAGGUUAACCCUUAGGAUCUGGGAUAUCUACAUACUUGAAGGAGAACGGGUACUCACUGCAAUGUCUUACACCAUUUUGAAACUGCACAGAAAACACUUGAUGAAAUUGCAAAUGGAGGAACUUGUACAAUUUCUUCAGGAGACUCUCGCCAAAGAUUUCUUCUUUGAAGAUGACUUUGUAAUAGAUCAGCUCCAAAGUUCCAUGGCAGAACUGAAGCGAGCAAAGUUGGACCUGCCAGCAACAGGUAAAGAUGACGAACUUCCAAAGAAGCUGGGGAAAUUUCCACCCGAAUCUCAGCCUGCCAUGCUUAAUCUUACUCACUUGGUCAACGGGCAGAGCAGCACUAGUGGAUCAAAUAGCCGGGCUAGCCAAAGGAGAGGACGCAGAGCAUCUAUAGAGAGACGCCAGGAAAGCUCACCAAACCACCAAAGGAGAAAAAAUUCCCUGGAAAGGAGACAGCAAAAGCCUGUAACGGUAAAUGUGCGGAGUGGAUUGCCGAAGCAUGAUGUGGAGAGCCCCAGGAAAAAACCUGAAGUUCAGCCAGAUUCUGACUCCAAGCAAAAUUAUAAUGCAGCUGCUAACCAAAACUCCAACGCUACUUUAAAUACAGGGAAGGAAUUUGUACCCAGAUGGAUUAAGCCUUCUGAUAUCAAGAUCAUUGACAAGACUACAAAACUCACCAUGGAGAUCAAGAGUCGAUCUGCAAACCAUGCCAGCUCAGGGAUGCCGCCGAGUUCUGGGGCUGAGGCACAGUCAUUCAACAUAAAGCAAAAGAUGAGAGUUUUGGAAGUCGAUGAGGGUAAGCGAGAGUCGAAUGCAUCACAGUAUGACAACGUUCCUGGGGCUGAUUCAGAGAAUGACAAUUCUCUGCAUGAGGUACUAGAAAGGGCACUCCUGCAAAGCCCGAGAAACACAGCUUACUCCAGCAGUUCAAGGAAGUCAGUAGACAAAACAUCUAGUCCACCAAAAAUAUCUAAUAGUUAUGCCUUCGGCUCACAGCCAAGAAUCCCCAGAUACUCUUCCCAAUCUGAAGGGUCAGAUAUUGGACAUAACAUCAAACCACCACCACCAUCUUAUAGCAAUCCACCUGUUUACCAUGGAAAUUCCCCAAAGCAUGUUACCAACGUAGUUCAUUCCAGCUUCACAACCACACAGUAUCAUCACAGGAAUCAAACCAGUUCCUCUAGCCGGCCGUACAUCCCUGACCUUCCAACAGAGAUGUUUACUGAUAAACCAUAUAAAAAAUAUGCUACCGACCACCACAAUCUGGUUGUGACGCCUUCCAAUCGAAUAGAGGUUCUCCCAAUUGACACUUACGCAAGUAAACCUAAAUCGCCAAUAGGUGUCAGAUUUGUAAUCCCUCCUGCAGAUUAUUUGCCAGACAACAGAAAGUGGCUGGAUCCUUAUGGGCAAUCUUGGAGCCAUGAUGGUAGCCAAAGCCACUUGGCUAACUUAAAGAAAUACCCACCUUUUCAGUCAACCCCUGUUAAAGACCAUAAUCUUCCCACCAUUUCUGUGGAUAGCCCUAUAAGAUACAGGACUUCCCCGACCUCAGAAGAAUAUGGCCUGCCACAUUACCAGUACCCAAGUUCCCCAAGCCCUACCCACCGCUACAGACACCAGACUGAUGGAUUGUCCAUGCAUGAAUCAGUCCUGCUGUGAGAAACGACACAUGCUCACCUGAAAGGGCGAGGAGAAGAGCAUGCAAGAGUUGCACGUCUUGGGUUGGUGGCUAUUCAAGCUUCGUAUUCCGAUACAGAACAAUUCAGAUAAAGGCAUACACAAACUUAACACUAUUUCACAGCUGUGUUAAAUGUUGAUGAAAGCCGAAACUGAGUCUUGAAAACAGAAAAGAUUGGCUUGUCAUAAACAUAGCAAUAGGUUUGUAUGUUCAGUGUGACUACUGUGGCAGUUGUUUGUUACGUUGAUGACCUUGUUGCCUAAAACCUAUACCCUUCCCCCACCACCACCUUGGUAAGCUGCUUUUUGAUUUGACACUACAAUUUGACUUGUGGCAAGAGAAUUACAGAGUCUAAACUGGAGGCAUGUACUUUCUUGGACUGCAUCCACAAAGUAGUUUUAAUUUUGUAUUUUAUUUUUUGUAAACUUAAUUUAUAAACCUUCCAUUCACUCGGAAUGGUGGUUUCUAGACAUUCUUAUAUACACUGCCUCAGUGACCCAGGAACGAGCACUCUGGGUUAUCCAGUGCAAUCCUUUCACAGGGAUGCUACUGCCUAUUGUUCAGCUAGAAAGAAGGAGGUUUAGCAUCCAAAGCAAAGACAUUCUAAUACAGUCAAUAAAUGGUGCUUAUAAAAUCAGGACUGUUUGUGAAUUGUAGCAUGUGUCUAGGAUGUUGAUGGUGUUUGAGCCCUUCAUCCACGUUUGCGUAUCCAAAGGCAGUGUGAUAUUCUUCAUUUUUAAGUCUCAAAUGUGUGUUUUAGCAGAGGUGCAAUCAGAUGCAUUAUGUGCAUUUUUAGCACACAGUACUGCUACUGUAUCUGACUAUCAGUGAUUACAGAAGGCCUACACAGAUAUUCAGAUCAUCUAAUGGGCAAAUGAUGGGUUUGUGCUGGACCAUCCUACUCCUGCCUGCUUUCUGACUGUUGGAUUUUACAUUUGCAUCUGGGCCUGCACACAUGGAGCCUAGUGAGUGUUGGCCCAAACAGCAGAAUCUAUACACCUCAGUUUUGAUAGUUUGUAGAGCACAUGGUUCAGGACUGUGUGGGUCAGUUAUGAUGCUUAUGUACCCUGAUGCAACUGUGAAAGCUAACAUAUCAGCAGCGGGUGGGGGCAGGCACGCUAUGGGGUGGUACACAUGUUCAGUACACCCGCAAAGGGCUACUCGUCACCCGUUAAGCAAGUUGCUUUUGACCAUAGUGGCUGCAUUUCAGGGCUUCCUAUAAAUCCACAGAAGUGCAUCACAAACAACGUGCAGCAGAAAGAUGAAAAGGUAUCUUUUAAGUGUAAUUCUUGUAGAGAUGACAUCUCACUUCAUCAGCCCCAGCAAAGACAUUUUGAUCCCUUGAAAAGCAUUGUCUAUGCCUGUAACAAUAAGAGUUAUGUCUUUUCGGAAUUAAUUCUGAGAAACAAAUAUACUUCUAUCGCUCUUUGAGUGUGCCAUUGGGGUUGCCUUUAUGUCUUGUACUGGAGCUGCCCAUUGCAUUCAGUAUUGUUUGGAAUGCAGCACAGGCAUGGUCCACUACGAAUGCCUCUUCAUUUUGCUGUGGCUUGCCCAGGGGGUGUUUUUGGUGAACCACGAGAAGCAUGCCUCCAUAACUUGUGAUCCAUCAAAGCCAAGGCAGCAUAUGAGCCAUAGAUUGUAGCCUGCCCAGAUGCUUAAUUUAACACCUACACUACAUCUUGUUCUUGCUAUCCCAGCAAGUCAGCAAAUACAUUAGGCUCACUGAGCCUUUGGAGGGUUGAAUUUCACUUGGUGAGCUGCAAGCUGCAGGCCUACAAGAUAUACGUAGCAAUCCAAGGUUGAAACACUAACCUUCCAUGUUCAGAUCGUAGCCUGGCCAUGCCUUCUGUGAAGACAAAUAUAAGGUUAUGAUUUGGGAGUGGGCACUGAAGGUGGCUGGUUCAUAUCCCAACAGGGUUUAGUGGCAGCUUCAAAAACUAUGUUUGACCUAUUUCUUCAAUUUUUAUGAUCCCAUGCAUCUGGCAUCUCUUUCUCCCUUCCUUUGUUUCCUUGUCUGCUCCUAUAAUGUGCUUGUUUUUCUUGAGAGCAAUAGACUUUUAUGCCCUUGAUUGGGCUAGUGCUGCUGUACCAUUAGGCCCUUAAGAGAUGAUUAUAGACAGAAAGUCUAAUGCUGAAGUGCUCCCUCCUUGUUGAUAGGAAGGCAGCAAAUUUAUUGUAACAAAAUGCAUUAUAAUCAGUGCCUGCAACCUUUCUGUAUUAUAGAUGGGAAAGGACAGCUGGGGGAGAGCGAUCCAGUAAGAUAUUAACGGGGGUCUGAGCCCCAGUGCUUUGGAGGGUGGGUGGGAUGGCCACUACAACAGACAUGCCCUGUUGCCACCACAACUGCAAGCCAAACUUCAGCCGGCCUUCCACGUACACAUGUUGUUCCGUGUGAGCAGCUGCCCCUGCCCUAUUUGUCUUCAGUUUCAGGGAAUGGAUUGCAAUGCAGAGGAAGAGAUGGGAAGCCGACACUCUCCUAGUGCUCCAUGUGUGCACACAUGUCUGAGUCCUGACUUGGGGAGUGAUCAAGGAUCUGAAUCUCACUGAUACCUAUGUUGUGCCUGUCCUUAUUCCCAAGCAGCACUUUAACUACAGCUUUGGUGGGGCAGAUUUGAUUAUGAAAAUGACUGGGGGUCAGGUGUGGAAGUGUUAAAUACCCCCCCCCAAGCAUGGUUAUUCUGAUUCAAUUCACAUGUGUGUCCCCAGGCUAUGCUUAAUUUUUUAAAAUCAGGAUACCUGGUCACAGAUCUGCCAUGGCUGUUUUGGUCAUAAAUCGAUGGCAAGUGGCCCUGGUCUUAAUCCAGAGGUAGCCUAUGUGGCACCCUCCAGGUGUUGUGAAGGUAUCACAUUGGGUAUUCCUGAUCUAAUAUCAUCUUUGAAUGGCCAAGUAACUCUGUCUGAACUCUGGAAUAUAUAUAUGAUUCUCGCUGACGCUAGCUAGCUAGCUAUCUGAUGCAUGCUUCACCCUGCUGUCCACAGUUACAGGAGUGAUUAGCCAUGGGAAGACCCCGUGCUAAUCCAGAAAACGUUUCUGACCCUUCUAAUCCCUUCGUAGAAAGAUGUGCAAGAUCCACCUCACACAUACCUAUCAUGGCCCCAUUUUGCCGUUUUUUCCCCUGCUUUGUGGCCACUGUACAAUUUGGCCCAAGAUCUAGAACCAAGCACCCUGGGUUACAUGUUGCCUGCACCAAGCUAAAAUGUUGGAAAAUAUUUAAGAGGUUCUCCCCCCCCCCAAAAAAAACUGGUAGUCUCCAGGUUGUAAAACAGAUCUUCCUUUCAUUAGGUCUUCUCUUUAUCCAUGAGAUCUCUUUGAAAAGAUUUAUCUGGCUGCACUGAUGGUGAAGACUUAGAAGUAUAAAAUGUAUUGUUCCCCCCUCACCACCACUAAACUAGGUUUGUGCCACUUGUCACCCAUCAGACUGAACACAGCCUGCUGAGGGAUUGUCAACCUUGCUAAUUCUGCAGGCCCAGAAAGGCAGGCAGCAAAAAAAAAUUAAUAAAACAGGAGGCUUAUUGCACCCUUUUUGGGGCCACCUAUAUUUCUGGUGAGCUCCAUUUGGCCUGAUGGGUCAUAAGUUGCACAGGCCUGCCCUAAGCAAUGUGCUUAUGCUCGCUGCAGGUUGGCGCUGCUAAUGUGUUAUGGUACCGAAGUCUUUUAAAGGGGGGGGGAGAAAAACAAGCAACAUUUAGCCAAAAUGAUGGAUGUUUUGUGUAUAUACUGAAUCUGAUGUAAUUUUUUUAAUUAACUUAGCAAAUGAUUUUUAAAAAAAACAGAAAACCAAACAAACAAACCUGCAGAAUGCAGUGAGGUAGCAGCUUAGUACUGCAUAGAAGAAGGCUUUAUACUGACAAACAGUACUUUGUAGUUCUGAUUUACUUAACUGCCGCGUAGAAAUGUAUAAUGUGGCUGUGUAAUAAUCUCAAAGUUUAAAACUAUGGCUUUGUAAUUAAUAAUAAAUAUAGUAAAAGUUAAGCUGUACAGUUUACUGUAUGCCAGCAGCAGAAAGACAGCUGCUCUUAAAAUAUGUAUUGAGACUAGUAAAUACUGUAGAUUUUUAUAUAUAAAAUAUAUACAUGCUAUUUUUCUUAUGUCAUCUUCGACGGCUUUUUUUAAACCAUGUUUUCCUAUUUUCUUGUGGCCUGUAUUUUUAACAUGUUAAAACAUUAUGAAGCCUUUGCUGUCUUGUGUGCCUGUCUCAAAACAGUAUUUCUAGCAGAUUGUCAAAGGAAAUCUGAAUCUAAAGUUGGCUAUCUUUAAAAAAAUAAAUAAAUCCUAAACUAGAGCGGAACAUAAAUUA